AACCCUUAGAACUCUGAGGAUCGUAUCUGCUGUUCUGGGAGCCCUAGAAAGUAGCUGCUCCAUGCUUCUGACUUGGAUGCUUGGUGCGUGGGAGCCUCAGGGGUGCCUCAGAGAUGGACUUCCUCGGCUCUGCCCCUGACCAUGUGGAGCUCCCUGAACCUGACCACUGGCACCUCUCCAGAGAUCUGGCUGAAGACCAAAAGGAAGGGCCAGGUGGCACAGGCGUCCUCCACCCUGGCACACUACCGAGUGUCCACAGCUCCAGAAGCAGAGGGGAGUUGGAAGGGGCUCUUGAGACCCCCGUCGGGUUGGGAGGAUUUCAGUGUGGGGGGUGGUCUGGGCUGGUAGCUGCCGUCCCCACCCUGCAGAAUCCAUUUCCAGGAUGGGGUAGAUGGUGCCUAAGACCCAAUGUAUUCCUUCCUAUCCCUUGAAGGCUUAUAGUCUCUGACAUCUCAGAUCAGCUCUAAAGCCUCUGGGUAGGAGUGGGGUGGGAUGGUGAGGCAGGGGGAUAAAAAGACAAAGGGUACCAUAUCCAGAAAUGGUGGGUGACACUAACAAACUAGCUUGCCUGUGUUCUGAGCCAAACAGAACCUAGGAGAGUGGCCUCAGUUUCCUCUCAGGGCUGGCCAUUGUCAUAGCUUCCUUCAUAAGAUAUGUGACAAAUAAGUAAAUGUAUGGAGCUGGCACAGUGUUAUAUAAUUAUGGGAAGGUGUCAUGUAGAUGUAUCUUGUGUCACUCUGGCAUUCUGAUGGCUACAGGUGGACCUGGUCCUUUUGGUAGAGAAUUAAGCCUUAAGAGUUUGUCCCGACCUCCCCUGUGGCCCUGUCACAUUUGACCCCAUCUACCUAUAGCAAACCUGCCCAGUCUACAUGCAGGCAAAGGUGCCAGAGACAUGCCUGCUCACUGUACGCGUCCUCCAGGCCAGUGGCUUGCCAUCCAAGGACCUAGUAACCUCCUCUGACUGCUAUGUGACUCUGAACCUGCCCACGGCUUCCAGCCACACGCUUCAGACACGCACAGUCAAGAACACCCGAAACCCUGUGUGGAAUCAGAACUUCCACUUCCGGAUCCAUAGGCAGCUCAAGAAUGUUAUGGAACUGAAAGUCUUUGACCAGGACCUGGUGACCAAAGAUGACCCAGUGUUGUCAGUGCUGUUUGAUGUGGGGACUCUGCAAAUUGGGACUCAGCGCCAGAGCUUCUCCUUGGGUACUCAGGAGGAAGGGCGCUUGGAAGUUGAGUUUCGGCUACAGACUCUGACAGACUGUGAGGAACACCUCAUCAGCAAUGGCAUCCUGGCGGCCCGGGAACUCUCCUGCUUGCACGUUGAACUGAAGAGGACAGCAGACCCAAAGAGGUCGGAGCGCAAAGUUCAACUUGUGGUUGCUGGGGCCUGUGAGGGCCCACAGGAUGCCUCUGUGGGCACUGGAUCUUUCCACUUCCAUUAUCCAGCCUGCUGGGAGCAAGAGCUGAAUGUUCAUCUGCAGGAUGACCCCCAUGAGCAGCUGAAGGUGCCACUACGAACUCUACCCUCCUCACAGCUGGUGAGACUUGUCUUCCCCACGUCCCAGGAGCCACUGAUGAGGCUGGAACUCAAGAAGGACAAAGGACCAAAGGAGCUGGCUGUGCGGCUGGGCUGUGGGCCCUGUCCUGAGGAGCAGGCCUUCCUAAGCAGAAGGAAGCAGGUGGUGGCUGCCGCACUGAAAAAGGCCUUACAGCUGGACCAAGACCUGCAGGAGGACGAGAUCCCGGUAAUUGCCGUGAUGGCCACUGGUGGUGGGAUCCGGGCGAUGACGUCUCUGUACGGGCAGCUGGCCGGCCUGCAGGAACUCGGCCUUCUCGACUGCAUCUCCUAUAUCACGGGGGCUUCAGGAUCCACCUGGGCGCUGGCCAACCUCUAUGAGGACCCAGAGUGGUCGCAAAAGGACCUGGCGAGGCCCACUGAGCUGCUGAAGACCCAGGUGACAAAGAGCAAGCUGGGUGCCCUGGCCCCCAGCCAGCUUUGGCGGUACCGGCAAGAGCUGGCCGAGCGUGCUCGCCUGGGCUACCCGACCUGCUUCACCAACUUGUGGGCCCUCAUUAAUGAGGCCUUGCUGCAUGACGAGCCCCAUGAACACAAACUCUCAGAUCAACGAGAGGCCCUAAGUCGAGGCCAGAACCCUCUGCCCAUCUACUGUGCCCUCAACAGCAAGGAGCAGGGCCUGAGUACCUUUGACUUUUCGGAGUGGUGCGAGUUCUCUCCAUAUGAGGUCGGCUUCCCCAAGUAUGGAGCCUUCAUCCCCUCCGAGCUCUUUGGCUCUGAGUUCUUCAUGGGGCGGCUGGUGAAGCAGCUUCCCGAGUCCCGCAUCUGCUUCCUGGAAGGCAUCUGGAGCAAUCUGUUUGCAGCCAGCCUCCAAGACAGCUUGUACUGGUCCUCAGAACCCAGCCAGUUUUGGGACCGCUGGGCCCAGGAUCAGGCCAACCUGGACAAAGAGCAGGUCCCCCAUCUGAAGAUAGCAGAACCACCAACAAUGGCUGGCAGGAUCGCCGAGCUCUUCACUGACCUCCUGACAAAGCGUCCCCUUGCCCACGCCACCCACAACUUCAUGCGCAGCCUCCAUUUCCACAAGGACUAUUUCCGCCACCCUCACUUCUCUGCCUGGAAAGCUUCCAAACUGGACAGGCUCCCCAACCAGCUGACACCUGCUGAGCCCCACCUCUGCCUCCUGGAUGUUGGCUAUUUCAUCAAUACUAGCUGCCCACCCCUCCUGCAGCCAACACGAGAUGUGGACCUCAUCUUGUCACUGGACUACAACCUCUACGGAGCCUUUCAGCAGCUGCAGCUUCUAAGCCGGUUCUGCCAGGAGCAGGGCAUCCCUUUCCCAUCCAUCUCACCCAGCCCCGAGGAGCAGCGCCAGCCUCAGGAGUGCCAUCUGUUCUGUGACCCAGCCCAGCCCGAAGCCCCAGCUGUGCUGCACUUCCCUUUGGUCAAUGACUCCUUCCAAGACUACUCUGCCCCUGGGGUGCCACGGACAUCGGAGGAGAAGGCAGCUGGGGAGGUCAAUCUGUCUUCUUCCGACUCCCCAUACCACUACACAAAAGUGACCUACAGUCAGGAAGAUGUGGACAAGCUGUUACAUCUGACGCAUUACAACAUCUGCAACAACCAGGAUCGGCUGCGGGAGGCCAUGCACCAGGCCGUGCAGCGGCGGAGAAAGCGCAAACAGUUGAGGCCCGAGUGACAGCCGAGUUACCCUGGCUGGGCUCCCGCCUUGGUCACUCUUGGUCUUCAACUCCUUUCCCCUUCUGCUCCGAGUUCAAGACCAGUAUCACCAAGUGCUCCAGACACGCUGAUGUCCAAGCGCAGCUCCACAGAGAUGUGUGUCUGGGACCUCCACAGGUGACACUAACAUGUCAGCAGCCCUGUCACGGAGUCUAGGCUGGAAGCUGCAAGCAGAGGUGCUAUGGCCGGCAUGCAUGGAUGGACUUGGGGCUCGUUAGAGACGGGACACUGUGACACGGAACAUUUUACAUGUUACAGGGGCGCUUAUAAACGGGAGGUGCUUGUGGCGCUAUCCCAAGA